AUGGAACAUCUGCCACAAUGCAUCACCUCAAACCCUACCUUCGCCCCCGUUAUGCACCUGCUCGAUGAUCUCGACAAGUAUUCCCGCCAGCUAGGCAGCGACCACCACCGCCGCAGUGGCCACCGUAUCUUGUCGCCAAACUUUGACUUGCGCGAAUUAGACGAUGCCUUUGAGCUUCACGGAGAGUUUGCCGGUGUGCAGAGGAAAGAACUGACAAUCGAGUUCACCGAGCCGCAGACGCUGGUCGUCCGCGGCUCCAUCAAGCGAUCGUAUAAUACCACUGAUAGCUCCGCUGCCAAGAAAUCCUAUCACGACCAAGAGCCAACUCCGGCGGCUGCUGAGCCCGAUAAGGCCAAGUACUGGAUCUCAGAGCGUGGCAUCGGCGAGUUUUCGCGCACCUUCAGCUUCCCGGAGCGUGUCCUGCAAGAAGGCGUCACCGCCCAGCUCGAGGCCGGCAUCCUCAGUAUCCAUGUGCCCAAGGCGAACAAGCAUGAAAAGCAUUCGCGCCGGAUUGAAAUCGCAUAA